UCGAUACAGGCCCCAUAGUCUUAAAACUAGGUUAAAGAUUGUGGGGGGCACACAACGAAGCUAUAUACACUUGUCUACCAAGCAGACUGACAGUGUAGACAGUGUUUCUCCACAGUAACCAUCAAACAUAAAAACUGAACAAAAUGUUGAAGCAACUGCUGCUUCUUGCCAUAGGUGGCACAGUAGUUUUGGCACAAAGAAGAUUGGCACUCCCUGAUCCUAGAAGUUGUUCAAACAGAGUCAGACACGCUACGUAUAGAGAUGCUCGUGGAGUAACACAUUCAUAUUUCUUCAGUUGGGAACAUCAACCAACCAGGGGAUUAGAAGUUGACUGGUUGGACGCCAGAAACAUCUGCAGACGUCACUGUAUGGACGCCGUAUCUCUCGAAACCCCCCAAGAAAACGAAUUCGUCAAACAGAGGAUUGCUCGUGGUAAUGUGAGGUACAUCUGGACUUCAGGAAGAAAAUGUAACUUCGCUGGUUGUGACAGACCAGAUCUUCAACCACAAAACAUUAACGGAUGGUUCUGGUCUGGUUCUGGAGCUAAAAUUGGACCAACUACUCAGAGAAACUCUGGAGACUGGAGCAGCACUGGUGGAUUCGGCCAAGCUCAACCUGACAACAGAGAAGCUGCCCAGGGUAAUGAUGAAUCCUGUCUAUCCAUCUUGAACAACUUCUAUAACGAUGGAAUCAAAUGGCACGAUGUAGCCUGUCACCACGUCAAACCAUUCGUUUGCGAAGACAGCGAAGAGCUCCUCAACUUCGUUGCUUCCAGAAACCCUGGCAUCAGAUUGUAAAAAAAACCAGAUCAACAAUUGUUCAUACCAGUAACCAUUCCAUUCCUUCAUAACCCUCACCUCCUAUGAAAUCCUUCCUUCAUCCUGAGUCCUGUUUCUUCUAUUUAUUUCAGAAAUUGUAAUUGCAUUAUGUGAAUAUUUGCUUUCAUUUAUAGUUUUAGGUAAUUAUUAUCUAUUCAGUAAAUUAUAUUUUAAUAAUAAAAAAAUCAAUGUAUGUAUA